CCACGCUCCGAUGGGACCCUCAUAAGCUCGAGCGCAACUCCCAAUCAGCGACCAGCGAUAGAUCCGCCCCUGAGGGAUCGACUCGGGUCUCCGGCUUGGAAAAUCCGGGGCAUUCGGCAAUCCCGAGCCCCUCGGGGCGAAACACCGACAGAGAGUAAGCAACGCAUGUCAGCAUUGCGCAACUCGUGUCGUCGAGGGUGCUUUAAAGCGCCCUUGUCAAUCUGGUGCUUGGCCCGUUUGUCGAUUGUCGAGUCCGGUUGAAGCGCUGUGCUCUUUCCACACCUAUCACGGACUACCACAGCAGAUAUCAAGCCAUCAUGGGCCUCUCCGCCAGUCUCCCUCAAUGGGGAGCAACUAAGACCCAACAGACCCCAGACGAGGCGCAUCUCCGCAUUAUCAUCGUCGGCGCGGGCCUCAGCGGUCUCGCGACGGCCAUCUCCUGUGCCUCCCACGGCCACUCGGUGCAGGUCAUCGAGCAGGCCAAAGAACUAGCCGAGGUCGGCGCAGGCCUCCAAAUCACCCCCAACGCCUCGCACCUCUUCCAUCACUGGCAACUCCCCGCCAACAUCUGGACCGACGCAGCAGAGCCCACAUCACUCACCGUGCACCGCUACACCGGGCAGAUCCUCGCGCAAGAAAACGACUUCGACCGACACAUCCGCGCCAAAUACAACAACGCCCCCUUCAUCGACCUCCACCGCGUCGAUCUGCAGCAGGCGCUAUUCGCGCGCGCCAAAGCCCUCGGCGUCGAAUUCCACCUCGACACGCGCGUCGACCGCCUCGACUUCGCCACCUCCACCGUCCACACCCUCUCCGGGACGGAGUAUACAGGGGAUCUGAUCGUGGCGGCGGACGGGCUGUGGUCGAAGUGUCGCGAGUGCUUUGAGGGACGGAAAGACGACCCCCUGCCGACGGGCGAUCUAGCGUAUCGGAUUGUGUUGAACGCGGAGCAGAUUCGGGCUGAAGAUAGUGAUCUGCGAGAGUGGGUUGAGAACCCGCAGUGUCAUUUCUGGGUCGGCCCCGGGGCCCAUGUGGUCGCUUAUUCGAUGCGAGGGGGCAAGAUGUUUAAUAUUGUCUUGUUGGUGCCGGAUAAUUUGCCCCCGGGGGUGUCGAGACAGGCGGGUUCGGUGGAUGAGAUGAAGGCGUUGUUUGCGGGAUGGGAUCCCGUGUUAACGCGAUUCCUCAACUACGUCGACAGCGUCGACAAGUGGAAACUCAUGCAUCACGGCGAAAUGGAAUCCUGGGUCAACGACAAAUCAAACCUCGUAUUCAUAGGCGACGCCUGUCACCCUAUGCUGCCCUACCUCGCGCAAGGCGCCAACUCAUCUCUCGAAGACGGGGCCGUUCUAGGCGGGCUCCUGGGCCAUCUGAAGAGUAAAUCGCACCUGCCGCAGGUCCUGCGACUGUACGAGAGUCUGCGGAAGUCGAGGGGAGAGGCCAUUGUGAGGGAGACGUUCAAACAGCGAAACGACUUCCACAUGCCAAACGGCGAGGCGCAAGAGAAGCGAGACCAUAUCUUCCUGUCCCAGCUAGGGAAGGAGAUCAAAGGGGCUUUUCCGAGUAGAUGGACAUGUCCCGAGGUUCAGCCCUGGUUGUACGGAUACGAUGCCAUCCAGGAGGUGGAGAAUGCGGUGGCGCAGAAUCCAGAGCUGUUUACGAACGUGAAGAAGACGAAGACGUCGAAUUUGUAACACGAAGCUAUCUGGGAAAGGAAAGGGAUGAAUCAGGGUUUGGCGUUUUCUGCGGCUGUGUAUUCCAGGUCCAGCUAGAAAUUGACGGUAGAGAGUAACCAU